GAGUUUCGCAAAGCCACCACCGUAGCUCUGAUGGCAAAUCGGGAUAAAAUAAAUAAAAAGAAGAAGAAGAAACAGUGCUCGCGUGAAUUUUCUUUUAUUUAGUAAUAUAGAAUUAAUUGAGUGGUUUUCCUUGUGAAAUAUCGCACAAAAGUGCAUUUGGGCAGUGAAAAUUGUGCGUGAGGUAGAGAAAGUGGACCGAGAAGGAUGGCAAAUCGCACCCAAGAAACUUCACCAUCUAUCCUCGAGAGGGUGCGAUCUCGCGUGUCCGGAUGGUUUUCCCCGACUGGCCAUACCGAACGACAGGGCAACACCAAUGGAAAUCUCCGGCGGCGCCGGGAAUCUGACUCAGAGACACCAGAAGAUCACAAUGAAGCGCCUCCGGUGAAGAAACUCAAAUCAUACAUUGUCACUCAGAGUCCUGUGGAGAUAAAUUUUGGCAGUAGCAUUUCAACGCCAACUACCUCAGGAUUUGGUAUGCAUCGCAAUUUCCUGGACUACAGCAAUCGACCUCAGGAGCCAUAUAAUUUCAUGAGAUCCACUCCGAUCAUGCAUCAUCCGCCCCAAAAGUCUCAGUUGAAUGAAGUGGUGGCCGAGGUGGAUGAGGAGGAUGCCGAUGAGGAGCCUAGGGAAGAGCAGGAGGAGGAUGAAGCUGAGGAGAGCAUAGCCAAUGGGAAUGAUACGGCAUCGGAAAGUGGAGCAAGUAUGAGUAGUACUUGCAAUCGCAAUCUACGUCAAUCGAGUGUCAUUAAUUUUGGAUCGCAUCUUCAGUCCAAGAAGUCUCUGUUCUCUGACAAAAACAUAUCCAUGUCCAUGAGUUCCCUCAACAGCUUGUCCCAGAAGAGAUCCUUCAAUGCUUCCCUGUAUGGUAGCACAUCAGCUCUCAGUGACAGUCGUCUGCUGAAUAUCCAAUCGCCCUUUUAUCGGGGCCGCACAAUGUUUGGUGGAGCUUCUGCUUACUCUCGGCAUGCCUUCAGCAAUCCCCUAAGAAGUCGUCAGAUGCCAUCAACACGACCCUCAUCGAGUUUAUCCAAUAUCUCUUCAUCAUCCGGAAAUGCCCUGUCUACGUCCAACAGGGAUGAGGUACCACUAUCAAAUACAGCCAAGAGAAUCCUUGAAGUGAUGAAUCAACUGUCCGGACCACUGACGGAUGUUCGAAAGAUGGCCAAUAGCAGUCUGAGCAGGAAUUUGCCACCAUUGAUGACACAGCAUCGACAGAGAUUUACAGAACAGGACAGAGUGAUUCGGCUGCAGCAGCCUAAGACACCGUACAGCAAGAGUCCCACCACGAGGGCAAAUACCGUACCUCCGCUCACGGAAUUGCAGGUGCCAUCGAUGUCACAAUUGCUGCAGAUGAAAAAACUUCAGAGUCAAACUGAGCAGCUGAGGAAGUGCGCCAUGGAUUCUUCAAGUUCUCUCAAUCGGAUCACAGAGUACAAGCUUCCGGAUGCAAAGUCCGAGAGUGAUGGCUCGAAGCAUGUCAAUAAAAUGCGAAAUAAAAUAACAAAAACUCGUCCGGAAGCCUCUAGUAGCGAUGGUAUGGCGAUUCCGGUGAAUUUACCGGAUGUACAGUUGCCACAACUCAAGUCAGUGCCCACCUUUGACAUCACCUUUGCAGCUGGUGAGAAAAAGAAUGGCCCUACGAAGACACCUGAUGGAAAAUCCGAAGAAUCCAAAGGAUCUACUUUCAAAUUUGCCGCUCCAAUUGUCAUUGGUGAAUCUGGAAAUUGUUUUGGAUCUCCAGCGAGGGGAUGCUUCAAAUUUAGUGAGCCUAUUGAUAUCACAAAGAGCAAAAGCACCUCGUCACCGCCCACAUUCAUGUACACAGCGGAAAUGGCUAAGAAAAGUGCCCAGAAUGUCAAGGAAAAACCAGUUGAAGCUGAAGUUCAGUCUCCUGGAUCACUGGGGCAAUCUCUCAAAGUGGGAAGCAGUGUGUUAGAGGCUCUGAAGUCUUCACCGUUGAAGAGUGAUAAAGGAGCAAAGGCUACAGAAAAGGAUGUUCCGAAGGUGGUCAGUUCAUUUGGGAGUCAAUUCAGAGCUCCGGCAAACACGUGGGAAUGUGAAUCGUGCUUGGUGAGGAAUAAAGAGGGGGAAUUGAAGUGUAUAGCUUGUGGAAGUGCAAAGAAGGGAAGUGCAGAGGCAGUAGCAGCAGUUAAAUCUGCUCCUCCCAUGGAUUCUGGGUUUAAGGCUCUGCUGGCAGCUCAGAGUGCUAAGUGGGAGUGCACGGGAUGUAUGCUGAAGAAUGACAAUGCCCUGACGAAGUGUGCUUGCUGUGAACAACCACGCCCAGAUGGUGCCUUAAAAACCACUGCCGAUAAGCCAAAAGUUUCAGUUCCGGUGACGACUGUGCUCAAAGAUGAGAAAUUCAGUAAUUUAAUGAAACAGCAGAAGGCUCUGUGGGAGUGUUCGGCGUGUAUGUCGAAAAAUGAUCCGGGAAAGAAUAAAUGUCCGUGCUGUGAUCAGCCAAAACCCGGUACUCAAGCUGAAAAUGCACCCCAAUUCUCAUUCAGUGCAGUACCAUCAGCUGCAAAAUUCACCUUCGGAAUGCCGCCUGUUGCUGCUGAAAAGAGCGAAGCCACAUCAUCGACGGUUGCCACAACGGCCAGCUUUGUGUUUGGUGCUCAGGCAACGAUCACAACCAAGGAGAGUGAGAAGACUGCAAAGGAGCCAUUGAAAAGUGGCUUUGUCUUUGGAAAUGUUGCAACAACAACAACAUCAGCAGAUACUGUGACAUCUGAGCCACCAAAAUUUGUCUUUGGGGCUCCUAAGGCAGCAACAACCACCGCAGAAUCGGCCAAGUUUGUUUUUGGCACCAUUGCCGCCUCAACGGCCACCUCAACGGCCACCUCAACGGCCUCUUCGGCAACAGUUAGCUCCACGAGUGGUUUUAAAUUUGGCGUUCCAACAGCCACAUCUUCAGCUGAAUCUAGUGUGACGCCCAAAGCACCACCGACUUUCACUUUUGGUACUGGGAGUGUGAGUAUUUCGAAGGCUCAAGAGCCACCAGCAACGACAGUUGCUCCCACAGUGACCUCAGUGACCAGUACGACGACUACACAGUCUCCAGGCACACUUAAAGCAUCGAUUGUUUUUGGGACUCCAGCUGCAACAACAGCUUCCUCCUCGACUAAUCUCUUUGGUGGUCCAACCACCACGACAACUUCAUCUCCGUUUGGAAGUACAGGAGAAACUCCGUCUCAAGCUGUGUUCAAAAGUCCCAUAGUUCCAAUUGCGCCAGCAACUAAAGCUGAGGAGCCAAAGAAGCCCACCAUUGAGUUUGGAAGUGCAACGAAGACGCAGACAUUUACCUUUGGGGCUGUCGCCUCAACCACUGCCGCCAUUGCUCCUGCAGCAUUUGCCCAACCAGUUGUCACUACGUCGGCUCCAACUGCCCGACCAGCAGUUUUUACAUUUGGGGCAUCUCCUGCCGCUGCCCCGGAACCUGCAAAACCUCAACAGCCGACAUUUAUCUUUGGUGGUGCCUCAGCUGCCAAGCCAGAGGAAAAGCCUCAACCAGCAGCCACUCCAGCUGCAUCUUCGGGAUUCCAGGGAUUUGGGGGAUUUGGUGGACAGUCACAAUCACCCCUGCAAAGUCAAAGUCAACCAGCUUUUGGAUCUGUUGGAUUUGGUGCUGCACCUGCAGCUGCUACUCCUUCACCUUUUGGCAGUGGAAUGUCUCAGCUCAAUUCAGUGGCAACUCCAGCAUUUGGAAGUAGUCCGGGCUUUGGUUCUAGCCCAUCGACAAAUCUCUUUGGCAGUAUGGCGCCAAAUCCAGCGAAUGCCCCGUCGGUUUUCAGUGCUUCCCCAUCGACUGCUCAAAAUCCAGCCACUGGCAAUCUCUUUGGAUCAGUGGCCAAUAAACCGACGGGAUCACCGUUUGGGCAGACCCGUGGCUUUGAUGUCAGUGAUGGCAUUGAGCCGUCAAGCAAGAAGCCACAACCGUCAUUCGAUUUUGGAACACCAAAGGCGGAUUCAACAAAUACUCCCUUCAAUUUUGGCGCCAAUAACAAUAAUACUCCAUCGAAUCAGACGGAGAAUAAGCCAGCGUUUAAUUUUACACCAGGAGCAGCCCCUAAUUUCAACUUUACUGGGUCGGCUCAACAGAACUCAUCACAGCCAUUCUCAUUCAACGCUACGCCGUCGACAUUUAAUUUCGAAGCAGGAAACACUGAGACUGGUACAAAUGCACCAGCCUUCCAAUUUGGAGGAAAUACUAAUUUGUUUGCUGUAACGCCAUCAGCAAGUCAACAGCCACGAAGAAAGAUGCGUGCCAUGCGUCGGGUUCAGCGAUAGACGGUGGCAAGGAGACUGGGGAUGAGAGUGUGCUCAAUCGACAUGGCAAUAGAGUGAAAUCAAGUGUGGGGAUAAGUGGGAAGAAUUUUGGGGAAAGAGGAAUGACCUCGAGGAAGCCUUCGAUUUAUCGCUGGCAUUGCAAGUAUCCCAAUAGAAAAUAUUUCAAGACAUCCCAAUCAUUGAGAAGUGAAGAGAUCAGCAAGGAAGCUGAGGGAAGUGCAGGGAGAAGGAUUGCAGGCCAGAGGAUCUAUCGAAGUAAGUAUGUCAAGAUAAAUAGCCCAAUGUCAGCUGGAAGUAAGUUAAUUGUGCCAAGAAAGACAGAAAUCAAUAUGAAACUCACAAAGAAAUACAGUAGAUACAAAUAUAUUGCUCCAAAUUUCACAGUGAAUAGGAACAUGAAGAAUAUUCGGGGGAAAUUAUUUGUGCGAAAGGAUCAAAAGUAAAAUUAAAGAGACAGAAAAAAACUCGACGAUCAUGAUUAAAUUUUCGUAAUUUCUCGACAUUAUCGACAAAAAAAGGAAACAAUCAACAGGAGAUUGAUGACAAACUGGGAUGCAUCAUCAAAAUUAAUUACACUAACACAUUUUAGUCAACAUACUAACUAGAGAUAUAUUUCGUAUAAGAAAAUUGAAAUAUGGCCGAAGACGAAAAGAGAUAUAAAAUUAUUACGAUUAUAAUUAAAUUGAUAAAACUAUUGAAAGAAAAGAAAAUAUUUUAGGAAUAAUAUACUUAAAACAAGGGGAAGAGAUAAUAAGCGAGGAAGAUCAGAGUGUAAAGAAAAUUAUAAGUUUUGAAGGAACAUUUCUUGUUAAAAUUUUAAAAUACAUUUGUUCUUUCCUACGUAAAAAAAAACAUUAUUUACUUAAUAUUUUAUUAUCUGAAAAGGGGAUUUAGCUUUUUUGUUUCUUCCUUGAAAAAGAAAAGCGAAUAUUUAAAAAGGGUAUUGUGGAAAAAUGUAAAUAUAGAUAUUUUGAUUUGUAUAAUGAAAUUUAAAUGAGAAACUAUAUAUUUUGCAGAAUAACGUUCUUUUGUUUCAUUUCAUUUUGCGCAAAUUGACAGAAGAAAUAUCGAAGGAAAUAAUAGCUAGAAAAAAAAAUACUUGAAGGAAAGAUUUGCAAGAAACUAUAAGUAUGAAAAUUUUAAAUACAUUAAAAAAAAUAUUAGACCUUUAAGACAUUUUAAGGAUAUUGAAUAUAAAAAAAAAACUAUUGCAGGAUGCUUUAAUGACAAAAUAAAAAUAUUUUUUUUAUCAUUUAAAUGGCAAUAAUUUCACCAUUUGGCGUUUUACUAAGAGAUGUCAUUUUUUCUGUUUAGGCUUAAGAAAUAUAUAUGUAAUUUAGGGUAUAUAUAUAAUUAUUUUGUGUUUUAAUCUAAAUAACAGGUAGAUGUAGAAUAAAUAAAUAAUGGAAAAAUUAUUGCCAAUGUUAAAUGUCUAAAAAAAAUAUUUGUUUAAUAUGUGAUUGUUUUUUUUAUAUUUAAAAUAUAAAAAAAAAAUAUGAUGAAAAAGUUUAUAAUAAGAUUGUACCUUCAAAAUGAUGUACAUAUAAAAAUUUUUUGUACACGAACAAUUGUGUAAAAAUGAGAAAGUUAAAAAAAAAACUAUUCAGGCAUCCUCCAAUAUGUGAAUAUUUGAUGGUAUAUAAAUACUAUAAAUAUGAUUUAAAAAGAAAAAUUAAUGCUAAGGAAGAAAUAUUAAUAAAAGAAAAAUCCAA